CGCUUCGGUUACGUUAUCACGUCAGUCAUCCCACAUGGUUGAAACCGUACCGCGGCGGCGACAAGUCGUGCAUACCGCUGUGUAGCGUCGCGUGUGGAGUGUACCGGUACUCGAACGACGAUCGGAAUAAAUAACCGCCGUAUAGCAGUCAAUUCGAAAAAACCAUAAUAGACGAUGUUCCUCACACGAAUGUCGAUCAUUUUUUUCUAACGGUUUCGUGCGGACGCUACGCAAAUAUUGUCCAGGUUAAAAAUCAAUUUGUUGAAGCUUGGAAAAAUAAAAUAAAAAACGGACAUUUUUACGCAAAAUCAAUUUAUUGGAAAGACACAUACAUCAUUAAAAAAAACCAUUUUGCUCUAAACAAAAAAUACAUUUAUAGUGUUUAUGAGUUACGGACGUUUACAGGCUUAAAUUUCAAAAACGAUGACGACCGUAUUAUUGUCCAGCAGUUGACAGCCAAACUUUGAAUAACUAUGGACGGCGGCAGUAGUACCGUCAACGACACGUCCAACAGCACGUUACUCUUAGACGAAUAUGACUACUCGGAGAGACCGGAAACGUACAUCGUUCCGGUACUGUUCGCGUUCAUAUUUUUCGUGGGUACCGUCGGUAACGGGUCUCUGGUGUUGAUAUUUAUCCGGCACAGGAAUAUGAUCAACGUGCCGAACAUUUACAUACUCAGCCUUGCGCUUGGUGAUCUACUGGUCCUGUUGAGCUGCAUACCGUUCACAUCCACUGUUUACACGGUGCCGUCGUGGCCGUUUGGGUUGACCAUCUGCAAGGUGUCCGAGACCACCAAGGACAUAUCGAUCGGCGUUACCGUGUUCACGCUGACCGCGCUCAGCGCCGACCGGUUCUUCGCCAUCGUGGACCCGAUGCGCAAGCUGCACGCGUCCGUGGGCGGCCGCCGGGCCACCAAGUUCACCGUCACCGUGGCUGUGACCAUAUGGUGCCUGGCGGUGGCGUGCGCCGUGCCCGCGGCCACCAACUCGUACGUCCGGCAGUUCCAGUACAACAACGUGACGCUGUUCGAGGCGUGCUACCCGUACGCCGAGGAACUGGGACCCACCUACCCGCGGCUGGUCGUCGUCAUCCGGUUUCUGGUCUACUACGUGGUGCCGCUGUCCGCCAUCGCGUGUUUCUACGCCAUGAUGGCCCGGCACCUGAUCCACAGCACCAGGAACAUGCCCGGCGAGGUCCAGGGACAGCUGCGCCAAGUCCGAGCUCGGAAGAAAGUCGCCAAGACCGUGCUGGCGUUCGUCCUGGUGUUCGCCGUGUGCUUCCUGCCCUAUCACGUGUUCAUGCUAUGGUUCUACCUGAACCCCAGGUCCCAGGAUGAAUACAACAUAUUCUGGCACGUGUUGCGCAUCGCCGGCUUCUGCCUGUGCUAUAGCAACUCGUGCAUCAACCCCAUCGCCCUCUAUCUGGUCAGCGGCACUUUCCGCAAGCACUUCGACCGGCAGCUGUUCUGGUGGCUCGUCAAGACACCGGGUGGACAAGUCACCGAGUCCAAGAACGGCUACAUGCGCCGGAAAAACGGCACCCGAGAGAAGGACCGGACCAUCAACAACGAUUCGACCACCAUAGCCAACGUGCAGUUGAGCACGUUUACCAGGCGGACCGCGGACACGAACCACACCACUACCACGGCUACCACCACGGUGCUCAUCUGUACCGGGCUCAACGACGCCAACACCAUUAUAUAGACACUGUCUCAACUAUCAUUUAACAACGGAACUACGUCAUUAUUCUGGGCAUAUUAGAACAUUUCAAUUCCGAGAAUACCGAGAUGAAUAUAUAUAUUUUAUACAGAAAUAUUCAGCAAUUACAAUCAUCCCCGUUUUAUCCUUUAAAAAUGAAUUUAAGAAUUCGAUUUUUAAUUUUUGUAUACUAUUUAAAAAAGUGUUCUGUGAUGAAUGAUGAUACCUACUCAUUUUUAAAGCAGUAAAAUAAUUUUUUAAUUAGUGUUAAAAUAAGAAUAAGAACUUUAUUUUUUGAGUGUUUUAACUUUGUAUACUAAGAAUAAUAGGUCCCUAUCUUCUCGAUAAUAAAUUAAUAAUUAUGAAAGAUAUGACAAUUUGAACAUAUUAGUAAUAUGUUAAUCCAUAAACAUUUUAUAAUUUGUGAAAAUUGUCUAAUUACAUAAAAUAAUACAUCCAACAUAUCAUGCAUUUUAUAUUUUUUAACAUCAUUUAUAAGGGCUAUAAAUAUCCCUGUAAGUAUUUACAUUUUAUUUUUAAAACCCAAAAAUGUUUUGAUCAAAAAUAAAAAAUAUGUUUUUUUGUCACCAAAGACUCCUUAGAGGCUUAGAAUACAAUAGUAUUCUAAUAUGACUAGUAUAAAAAUCUAAAUAUUUGAAAAUAAUUGUAUCCUUAAUAUAUUAUUUAAAAAUGCCUAAAAUCAGAAUUCGAAUAAAUUCAUUAUUAAAGAAAAAAGUGGGGUAUUGUGCUUGUUGUACCAACGCUAUUUAUCCAGAUUUGUUAUAUUUGUUGUAUGAUUAUGGUAUGUACUUAAUUUAGUUGUAUAUUUAAUAUUUUUACUGCUUCAAUAUUGUAUAUAUUUUACUAUUAUCACGAUGUAGAACUAUAAAUUUAAUUUUAUCUUGUAACAAAUAUAUUAAUACUACCUAAGUAAUAUAUAUAAUAAUAUUACGGGGAUCGCAAACAGUCCGUUUUUUAAGGAAUACGUUACUGAUCAUUAGAGUGUAUGCAACAACUAUUGCGUAACACCGCAUUGUUUUUUUUAUUUACAACAUGUACUUUUUUAUUUUUAUAAAUUUUAACGAUCGUACUGUUGAACAUCAAACACAAAAAACAAAAACAAAAUAAAUAUCAAUUUAUCUUAAAUUUAUUUAUCACAAUUUUAAUUAAAUUUAAUGAAUAUUUUAAUUUAUACAAUUUUAAGAUUUUAAAAACAAAUUUACUGCAGGUUAAAAAUAAAUAGAUAUCAACAAUUAGAAUUUCGAACUCAAGUGAAUCUUAAAACAAAAUGGGUACUUUUUUGUACUGAUUAAUAACAGUUUGCAGUUCCCUAUACCUAUAAAUUAUAACGCUAUAAAUUUGUUAAAGUAUAAUAAAUACAUGUAAUUAUGUAAAAAUGUUGCUUUCUAUAUAUUUUGCUGUGAAUAUUUAUUACUAUGCUACCUACGAUAGCUUUACGUAUGUGCUCAAUUAUUUUCUAUAUGUAUUUUAUUUUCUAUGGUUAAAUAAAUUAUUUAAAACUCAACGGGCGAGCAGUGGUUAAACAAAAAUAUAUAACGUCUACGACAAAGUAUUAUCGUCGUUUUCCCUUACGAAGCUUAACAAAACAUAGGUCCGAAUAGCAUUAACUAUUAUUGUCUAAUGUAGAAUAAAUCUAAUGUAGAAAAUUCCAACUGCAAUAACUUUAUUUCAUACAUGCACAUAAAAAAUCCGUUCCUUCUCAAGUUCCAUACUUAAAAUAAUAUUUUCAUAAUAUUGUUAUGUCGUUGGUGUUCAAACUCGACAAAUUCUAUAACGUAUAAGAUUUAUAAUUUAACAUAGUUUUUCUAGUCGUUAUACCGCUGUAUACAGUUAUGUUAAGCAAAUAAUUUUAUUUCGGUUUAUCCUAUAUGUCAAAACAUUUUAAUAGUAAAAAUAGAACAUAACAUCUGACGUGUAUACGCAUUUCCACGAAAGAAAAUAUAGAAUAAUGGCAAACGAGUAGCUUGAAUGAUUUCAAUCAUAUGUUGACGAAUCAUUUUUAGGCAAACCCUGUAAGUGACACUUAUUGCAAUCCAAAUUUCCCUACGGGUUUUUCGAAUCGUAUAUAACAUGUAUAUUUAUAAUAUAUAAUAAUACAAUUUUAGAGACAUUUCACACAUUUCAAGACGAACAAGUUUUAACACUUAUAUAUAACGUGCUAUUGACGUGAGUGUUUCAAUGUUAUUCCAUUAUUUUUUUUUCGGUCACAGACAAGAACAUUAUUUCAAAACAUAAUAUGUUACGUCUAUCCGUUGACCAAGUUACCAUAGGUGUUCGUUGUCACGUUGACACUUGGUUGCAUUUAAUAUAUGUUGUCAUUCGAUAUUAGGCGCCAUAGUACCAAUUUGUGCAAUAUCGUGCAUAAUCUAUGUGAGGCAAAGCUUAACAGAAAUGAACUUAAAUUACGCUCCCAACGAUUUCAAAACAAAUCUCUUUUAUUACUAAACCUCAAUACGUGUAUAGAAUCAUUGAUUAUAAUCAUUGUGAGUUAUGGAUUCGGGUAUUUUAAUUUAUUAUGCAAAGGGUUACUUGACUCAAAUGCGUACAAAAAUAUGAUAUUAAAAACAAUGACAUUAAAUGUUAAAUAAUAAUAAUAAAACAAGGAGUACCGACGAAUAAAAUACCUGUCAAAUUCCUAAACGUAGACGUUUCAGAAUUCACAAAAAUAAAGUAUAUUUUUAAACCCGUAAUAUAUUGUCUCAGUGUUGGUGAUAUGUGUUAUGUUUUAUAAAAGGUUAAAAUAAAUUUCCUGGAUUUUUUGUGAUUCAAAUUUAUCUUAUGUACGAUAUCAUUCAAAUACGUUUGAUUUAUUUUUAAACCAUACCAUUUAUUUUAAAACAAAAAUAUAUUAUACAAAAUAUUUUUUUUGCAUUAUAUUUAUUCUAGUUUUGAAUAAUAGAGUUUUAAUACAAACAAACUAUACUUUGCUUGCCUGGUAAACUAUUAUUUAUAAUAAAAGCAAGGACUUUUAUACUUUGUAGGCUGUAUAAAAUCAUUAAAUAGGUACCUAUGUGUUCAAAAAUAUACACUUUUACACCAUAACUUCUGAAAUUUAAAUAAAAAUUCUGCCAACAAUAGUUACACUUCUUAUUUAUGGCUGAAAUUAAAAUAUGUUCUAAAACUGUCUUUUGAAACAAAUGCAAUCAUCUCACUGUUUUAGAUCAUUUAAAUCAUAAUAAUAUCUAAAUGUAUGAAAUAUUCAAAAUAUACACUAAAAAAUUGUCAAAAAUGUAUUAGCUUCAUUAUUCAAACACUUGAUUUAUUGUGUACUUAUAUGCCAGAAGAAAUUUACCAAUGCAUGAAAGUCCUUGCUCAAUUUAUUAUACUUAGUAGGUCUCAUAGACUAAAAUGUAAAAACCUAAUCCUAAGUAUACAAGUUUUUUAUAUUAUUUAUUGCAAGCAUCAUAUCAUUAGCAUUAUUAUAAUUUUAUCAUGUAUAAUUUUCUAAAAUUUACAAUUUAGUAAUUUUAAUAAAAUACUAUAUAAAUAGCUUAGAUUAGCCACUUAAUAUAUUUACUAUGAAAUGUGUAAUAAUAAUAAGAAAUUUAAGUUAAAAUUGCUGUAAAUGUUUUAGUAUAAUAACAAUAAGCUUGUUAAUGAUUACAGUAGUUAGGAAUUAGUGGAUAAUAAAAAUGUAAUUGUUUUACGUGUAUAUACUCAAAUAUUAUAUUAUAUUAAAAUAA